ACAAGGAAGUAAUGACGUUCACUGCAUGGCAUUGUCUGUGUGUCAGCUUUUCAUGGUGAAGUUGGACAUAGGUGGAUCUUUGGGUAAUACACUCAGAGUCUCUGACACCGAGCUCUGAAUGAGUGUUUCUCCAGGCCUACACCAAAACAACAUGUGGAGGAAGUGGCGGGGGUCCCUCUCUCUGCUGACAUGGAUUAUACUUCAAGCUAUCUCUGGCCUGAGACACAAGACUGCCUGUUACAACUUCCCGUUGAUAGUCGAUCCUCCGUGUGCCUCUACAGAGAUGCUUCUUCCUACCAUGUUUACACUCGGGGUGUCCUCUGACGUCACAUGUCACAGUGAAAUAAGUGGAGAAAGCUUAAGAUACAAGGGAGUAGAUGAAAUCAGACGUUGCUGUCAACAGCGUGAGAAUGAUACCGUGAGAGAUUACUGCCUCCCUGCUAUGAAGAACCAACUCCCGGGACACUACUUCCCCGACUUUGUGAGCACGUGCACGGCCUCUACAAAAUGUCAGUUGUCAACUUCUGAAAGUCGGUUGCUCAAUACUGAUGGUGCAGACUAUGUAACAUUCACGUUUGAAUGUGUGCACAAGGACACGGUGCUGCAUAUCCAACGUAAUUCUACACAAACAGGACAGGAGGUGUACCUGUACAACGACCAACAUGACGGGUUGGCACGUGCUUACUGUCUAGCAUACUCUCACGAGUGUAACUCCCAUGUCAUAAUACAACUUGCUGCAACCCGAGUUGUGUCUGCCGCCUGCAUUGUGGACUUCACUGAUGGGGAUGUGUCAACCAAGGUGGACUGUAAAAAUACAUCUGCAUCAAGAAACUGUUCCAGCGCAAUGUUUGAGAGCAAGCUCAACUAUGUUAACAUGUCAAUAUUCAUGACAGUCGAUCCUGGAGGUAAAGAAAAAGAAUUUCUUUGGUUGCGGGCGAAAGCGGAUACAGGUGAAAAUGUUACCGUCGUCUGUGGAGCCAACAUUCCUGCAGAUGUGUCACUGAACUGCCCAACGUCUGCAUCAACAACUACGACAUCAACUACUUCAACUACAACUACUGCUGCUGCCACUGCCACUGCCACUGCUACUACACAAACAGUAACGUCCAAUAAUGCCUCCAGCAACCACGCACAGGUAGCGGUGACAUCAUCACCUGGUAAGCCACAAGCACAACUAAUAACAACGUCAGCAGGGACAACGAUGCACAGCAAUGCCUCUACCACGCUAUCGUUGUCCAGUGUGAACGGCUUUUCCUCCAACAUCACUCCCCGCCAUCCCGAUCCAAACUCUCCCACAACACUCCCUCAGCAGAGUGGAGUCACAGAAACGACGUCAGAGGCCACUCCACCAAUGGAUAAUGACACAUCGACUCCAGCUGCAACAGAAACUCUUCCUUCAACACCAAGCAAAGAGGUGGUUAUAAUCGGCUGCAGUGUGGGAGGAGUCAUCAUGAUAGCAAUCAUUGUGACAAUCACGGUCUGCGUCCGACGAAAGAAAAGUUCAGAGAAUACUAAUCCAAAACGUUUACUCAUGGAGGAAAACCACGAGGAUCGGAACGAGCCAAACGGUACCCGGAACUCUGUAAGUGAUGGAAACGUGCCUAACCCAAUCUAUGAAGGAACUGAUGACUACAAGCUGGGGCAAUUGGACAGGAAGACUAGCGAUGACGUUAAAGAUGGCUACGAACCCGAACUGGAGUCACCUUACGCGUAUGGCUUCACGCGAUCACGGCCAGCACCUUCAGGCCUCAGUCUGGGCAAAAACUUCUGGGUGACACAAGGACACCUUGAGUAUUAUAACGACACAGUUGUCAAUACAGAGGCAAGUGGGGGACAUUCAGAGGAGAAAAGGGAUGAUAGAGUUUCAGAUCUCUAUGCCAAGGUGAACAAAGCACGGGGCACUGAUCAGGUGACGGAUGUGUAUACUCAAGUAGACAAACCAAGGAAGCCUGCUCGUGGAACAUCCGGGCAGUACUCUGCUGGAGAGAACCCAGGGCAGGAUGAGGACAUUGAUGCCAUGUACGCAAAGGUUCAGAAGAAGUGACUCGACAUGUGAAGGUCAUCUGUAUUAGGACAUCAUUAUGUGAAUGCAUGUAGCUGUAAACUAUGCUUAAAGAAGUGAAUCGCGUUUGUGUGCUUUAUAACGUAAAGUGUUACUUUAUUCUAUGAAACCCUGUAUCAUGUGCAUCUACACAUGGGCGUAUAAUCAUGCUAUUUUAAAUUACACAUGGCUUUGAAUAACAAAAAUAUGUUAACACUGGACUUACACAUAUGCGAUGCUAUUGUGCUUAACACAUCAUUACAAUCAACUUAGGUAAUUCUUUCUCAUCUAUUAUUUAAUUGCUAUUUAAGGUGUGUCGUUAUGUAUGUUCUCACCUGUUAAAAAUCUUAUAGAUUACAGCUCAAGCACGUAUAUAUCUUUUUCUGUCCACGUGUGAUGUUCAUUCUGCAGUAACAAAUGUUUCCCUAUUAGAGCAUAUAGUUGUCUAUUGCUUGUGUUUUUUUAUAUGUAAUUGAGACUUUUUUGCGCAUCGAUGGGAUAGGAUGACAUACAUGAACCAAGUCAGCUCGUGUGGACAGUUAAUCUUGACGUCAGAGCCUCCUCCGGAGAUGUCUGUCUGAAAGGCUUAACCUCGGUCUCUUCAGCACUGGCACUUCUUUAACACCGCUAGACUCCGCGAUAGUGACGAAGACAAUGACGUGACGUAACCGGCAACUUGUGAACAUAGUUAAUGACGAAUAUAUACUCUUACAGGAUCUACACAUAAUGCGAUGCUAUUGUGCUUAAAACAUCAUUGCAAUCCACUUGGGUAAUUCUUUCUCAUCUUUUAUUUUAUUUGCUAUUAAAGGUUUGUUCUCAAGUAUGUUUUCUUCUGUUACAGCUCAAGCGCGUAUAUAUCUUUUUAUGUCCACGUGUGAUGUUCAUUCUGCAGUAACAAAUAUUUCCUUAUUAGAGCAUAAAGUUGUCUAUUGCUUGUGUUUAUUGAUUUUAGAGUGAGACAUUUUGCGCAUUUUCCCAAACUUUGCUAUUUAUGAGUCGGAUUACACUAUGUUCAUAUUAAUUCCACGCCUUAUGCUGUUCGUACGUGGACAAAGGGAAGAUGCAAUGCACAGCCAAUAAAAUAAAUAAUUCACA